UCCAUCUCGUCUUUGUAUGUGAAUGGACUUCUUUUAAUGAGGAACGUUUUACCCUUGUUACUAAAUUUAUGUUACGUGAAUAUGAAAUGAAUCAAAUAGUGAAUUUCGAAUACUAUAUACCAAAAAGAAAAAAAUCUAAGAGUUACUGUUGUCACUACCCUUCACCACCACCACAAACCAAAGGAAAGAAUAAGGCCACCAUUAUAAUCAAUGGUCUCUCACUAAACUUCCAUUUUUUUCCCCUCCCAUACAUAUUAUCAAACUUCCAACUUCCCUCAUUCUCUUCAAAGCUAUGUCCCUUAACUGUUUUUCCUUCUUCCUGUUUACAGUUCUUUACAUCACCAAUAUAACUGUAAUAACUGCCUUCCCGGUUUUACGCGAACCCGAACCAACUCCUCAAACAUCCUCACCUGCCCCUUCACAGCCAGCAACAAUUCCUGCUUUCCCAGAAAACUCAGACAUCAACACCUGUCCUCUAGACAUACCAGAAGAGCUUUACAAUGGUAUAACAUCAUCUUGCAGGUCCAAUGAUCAUUCAGGUCAAGUAAACCCGACCCGCUGUUGCCCGGUUCUUGCAGCAUGGCUCUACUCAGCAUACUCAAGAACCGCGCUACACAGAGCCAUUGCAAAGUCCCCACAGUACUCAGCGUCCGUUGAAAUGCCUGUGCUGCCUGAUGAUUCAGAGACAUGUGUGGACUCUUUUGGAAAGGCUUUGGAACACAGGGGAAUUGAGUUGGUGAAGCCAAAUGAGACUUGUGAUGUGGUUUAUUGUUACUGUGGCAUUAGGCUGCAUCCACUUAGCUGCCCGGAAAAAUUCGUGGUGAAUUCGCGUGGAGAAUUGGUUGGUGAUGAGAGUGUGAAGAGAUUGGAGAGAGAGUGUUAUAGCAGUAAUGGAUAUGCUGGUAUUGCUGGUUGUUCCAAGUGCUUGAACAGUCUGUAUCUGCUCGACGACAGCAGAUUGGAAAAUACACACGUAACAAAUGAUAGAAGCAGCAAACUACGCAGCAGGGGUUGCCAAAUGAUGGGCUUAACUUGGCUUCUCAACAAAAACACAUCUGGUUAUAUUCAUACAGUUUCUGCUGUUUUAAGGGCUCUAAUGAUGAGCGAAGACGGUUCUGAUCCUCAGUCGUGCACGCUUAACAGUGAUGGCUUGCCACUUGCUGUCGACUCCUCGGAGAUCAACGAUCAAUCAUCUGCAGCUUUUCUUCAGGCAUCGGUUUAUUGCUACCUCGUACCAUUUGUUUUGGCAUUCAUAAACUUCAUUGCAUUGUUUUCGAAAUAUUACUGUAGUUGAUCUCCAUUAGAGAUUUAUUUCUUGUAAGGAAAAUACUUCCUGAUUCAAAUGUCACCUGGAGUAAAUCCAUUCCUCUCUAUUCAUUGAUUCAGGUUCGGGAAAUUGUAAUUAUUUUGGUUUUGUAAGACUGUUGAAAAAUGAAUGGAGCCUCCAUUUGCAAGACUAA